UGUCCACCCCUGGGAGAGAGCUUAGGGCUGCCAGGACCUCUCUGUGCACAUCCUUGACGGACUCUGCUGAGGGUGGGGCGGAACCCCCGUUUCUGUGGUAUCUCGGAGAGGUGACUGUGUCUGCUGAGCCCUGGGUGGCUGCAGGUCCCUGCAGGAUCCCCCGUGCGUGGGGGUAGGGCAGGGCAGUUAUUUUCAGAUGGUGCCAGAGGGUGGAGUUUCAGAUUUGUUUGUGCCUGUCGGAAGCACUUUGGGGCUAGGGAUGGGGUGCCCAGCUCAGCACUGACGUUCGGGACAUCUGGCCAAGAGGCGCCUCAGAUUUCCCUGUCCUGCUGUGGGGGGUUCACUCCGUAGCCAGGGGAUCCAGGGGAUCCAGGAGGGAGGGGUGCAGGCACAUGGCGCACGGUGGUCCUCCGCAAGCCUGCGGCCCUAGGCUGGCCGAAUGUGCCAGCGCACACACAGGAGGGGGCAGUUCACACCAAGGGCUGGCCCGAGGAUUGUCAGGGCCACACCAGGCAAAGCCAGCGCUAUUAAUAUCAGGCAUACACAAGCCCCCAGCUGGGUGAUCCUCUUAUGCCUGUGGCCUUGGCCUCUGAGGACGGCAGUGAGUGCUGUGCCCUCAGUACGGUAGGGGCUCCAAGGGCCUCCUAGCUGCUGAGUCUCUGCUGUCACUUGGCAGGCAGCUUCUACCAGCCAAGGGUCUCACCCCCACCCCCCGGCUCUGCACCCACUGUGCUGCCCAUAGGAGUAGUUCUGCCCACGGACGGGCAGUUCAGGUGGCCGGAGCUCCUGAGCUGCUCUAGGGGACUGCUGUGGGUCUGAGGUGGUGAUGCCCCCCACGGCUGCCUGCGCCUGAGCCCCCACGCAUCCACCCCGGGGCCACUCACUGUUCAGGAGCACCCACCCGUGUCUUCGACCAUGAGCAGCCCCCCAUCUUACCCUGGCAUCAGGAUCUCAGGGUGCCGGGCCCUUAGAGCAGAAGGCAGCAGCAAUGCAGAGUCCCUGGACAGGCUCCUGCCACCUGUGGGCACCGGGCACUCUCCCCGGAAGCGGACCACCAGCCAGUGCAAGUCAGAGCCUCCCCUGCUGCGCACCAGCAAGCGUACCAUCUACACCGCAGGGCGGCCACCCUGGUACAACGAGCAUGGCACACAAUCCAAAGAGGCUUUCGCCAUCGGCCUGGGAGGUGGCAGUGCCUCUGGGAAGACCACUGUUGCCAGAAUGAUCAUUGAAGCCCUGGACGUGCCCUGGGUGGUCUUGCUGUCCAUGGACUCCUUCUACAAGGUGCUGACUGAGCAGCAGCAGGAACAGGCCGCACACAACAACUUCAACUUCGACCACCCAGACGCCUUUGACUUCGACCUCAUCAUUUCCACCCUCAAGAAGCUGAAGCAGGGGAAGAGUGUCAAGAAAACACUGUAUGGUGCAAACGUCAUCAUCUUUGAGGGCAUCAUGGCCUUUGCUGACAAGACGCUGCUGGAGGUUAGCACUCACUGGGAAUACCCACCCCACUGGUGUCUCAGCCCCGGCCACCCUGUCUAUGAGCUCCUGGACAUGAAGAUCUUUGUGGACACAGACUCUGACAUCCGCCUGGUACGGCGGCUGCGCCGGGACAUCAGUGAGCGCGGCCGGGACAUCGAGGGUGUCAUCAAGCAGUACAACAAGUUUGUCAAGCCCUCUUUCGACCAGUACAUCCAGCCCACCAUGCGCCUGGCAGACAUCGUGGUGCCCAGAGGGAGCGGCAACACGGUGGCCAUCGACCUGAUCGUGCAGCAUGUGCACAGCCAGCUGGAGGAGAGGAAGCUACGUUGGGAUAUGGCUGCGCUGGCCUCGGCACACCAGUGCCACCCCCUGCCCCGGACGCUGAGCGUCCUGAAGAGCACGCCGCAGGUGCGAGGCAUGCACACCAUCAUCAGGGACAAGGAGACCAGUCGCGACGAGUUCAUCUUCUACUCCAAGAGACUGAUGCGGCUGCUCAUCGAGCACGCGCUCUCCUUCCUGCCCUUUCAGGACUGCGUUGUGCGGACCCCGCAGGGGCAGGACUACGCGGGCAAGUGCUAUGCGGGGAAGCAGAUCACCGGUGUGUCCAUUCUGCGCGCCGGUGAAACCAUGGAGCCCGCCCUGCGCGCUGUGUGCAAAGACGUGCGCAUCGGCACCAUCCUCAUCCAGACCAACCAGCUUACCGGGGAGCCCGAGCUGCACUACCUGAGGCUGCCCAAGGACAUCAGCGAUGACCAUGUGAUCCUCAUGGACUGCACCGUGUCCACGGGCGCCGCGGCCAUGAUGGCGGUGCGCGUGCUCCUGGACCACGACGUGCCUGAGGACAAGAUCUUCCUGCUGUCACUGCUCAUGGCAGAGAUGGGCGUGCACUCAGUGGCCUAUGCGUUUCCACGAGUGAGAAUCAUCACCACGGCGGUGGACAAGCGGGUCAAUGACCUUUUCCGCAUCAUCCCAGGCAUUGGGAACUUUGGCGACCGCUACUUUGGGACAGACGCGGUCCCCGAUGGCAGUGACGAGGAGGAAGUGGCCUACACGGGUUAGCUGCCCAGUGAGCCAUCCCCGUCCCCGCCACCCUCCUUCUGCCUCCUGACCCAGGAUUGCCGAAUACAAAGAUGUUAAUUUUUAAAGUGUUACCAGUAUAAUUUAUUUUAUGCAUUUUAUAAAAUAAAUAAAGCUUUAGAAAAAUGAA